ACGCCGGUGGCAAUUAAUUAUGCCACAUGUAUAUUCAUGGACGGAGUACGGGCGGAGUACAGAGAACAGAGCACACAGUUGUCGAGCAGUUGUCUUACCGCCGCUUCCUGAUCGUCAAUCAAUCUGUGGAUUUCUGAUGUUUGUUUUCCGAAUGUCUUCCGACGAGUAUGGAGACCUGCUGAAGUAUGUACCUGGAUGGAUUGGGCAAUUGCUAGACGUACCUUUACGGUGUACCUUGGAUUGUGUCAUAGUACUUUGGUCUGCACGCUGCACUUUGACCGAAAGGGACGUGUUUUGACUAAUACAGAGUAAUGCUGCGUACAAUUGUCAGUGAUCGGAUCGAGGUUAUUCCAGUUCUUUUGCAUUCUCGCGCGUCUUUUCGUGCGAGUACAGAAAGGGUGACGUAUAGUGAAGUUGACGGAGUUGUAGAACAUUCCAUCGGCGGGAUUAAGUGGGAUGCCUCGAAUAAAUGUCAUAUCCCGUCCGUACUUCGGGAUGUGAUGGCUUCAAUCACCCCAGCUGAGACAAUAACCGGCAAAUCAGAACGUGCCUCACCACCAAAUUUGGAUAUAUCAACUCCGUGGCCAUUCCAUAUUUCCCUAAUUUGGAAGAAAAAGAAAUAUCGCCAGUUGUCUGUACUCCGUACGGCGUGUACUAUUAUUCUUUCUUUUCCUCGCAUUCGACUUUCCUUCGAGUGGCAUCCUCGGGGGCCAGAAGUACUCCCAAUAUACUCAUCACCUCAGUCGCAUCGGGUCCUUCCCCGAGAACACAAACACGAAGCAUGCAGAAUGCGGGCCGUCUGCAUUCGCGAUCUGAUUUGCAUCACGAUCCUUGCUUAUGUGUUCUGUAGACGUAGCUUGCGUCGAUACGUAGGUACUCAGCAGGUUCCGUAUGCACUUGGGGGUGUUUGUACGCGGAGCGCCGUAAUGUAGGCCAUGCAUGCAUGUCGAAUCACAGGACGAACAACAAUGCCUUUCAGUGCUGUACUUUGUAUCCACUGCAUAUAUGUCAGCAUAUGUAAGCUUAUGUAUGCACAACCGAAGUGUGAAAUGCAAAGCAGGCUCGUGGGAUGAUAGAGAUUGCUUUUGUUUGGGUGAAAUAAC